CGUCCGCGCCACAACACGGAGCCAGCGCAGCCCGGCACGCUACAGGUGGCACAGUCAGUCUGUGCCGGAGCCGGUCCCCAGUCAACACCUGUCCGCAGCGCCGCCAUGAGGCUGCAGCGAGUGUUCACCGUGUCGCGCCCCGCCGAGGAGGCCGGCUCUCCGUACGGCUCGACUGACGUCCUUCAGGGCCGGUGCAGCAGCCGCCGCUCGCUCGAGUCCGCCGCAGCCGGCGACAGCGCACGCAUGGCGGCGCGUAGACCCGCCUGGAAGUACAUGCUCGACUUCUCCAUCUUCGCCGUCGUUGCUGUUCUUCUCGCCUUGAUAGAGUCUGGAGUUAUUCCCAGUGCGAAGACAGGGUAUUACUGUGGUGACCCAAAAAUUUCGUUCAAGUUCAGGGGCGACACCAUAGGCAUUACCACACUUCUUCUGGGAACGUUCUUCUUGCCCCUCAUCUUUAUCUGGGUGGUGGAGACGCUGUGCGUGGCAUUCCUAAACGAGUAUGACGUGCCCAAGACGAAGAAGCAGUGCUGCAUGCAGGGCCUGUGGGAGGCGUCGCGCUGGUACCGCGACUUCCUGCUGGGGCUCGCCAUUGUCUUCCUCACCACCGAGGUGGGCAAGGUGCUUGUGGGGGAGCCCAGGCCGCACUUCCUAGACACCUGCCGGCCCACGCAGCCACCAAACUGUGACGGAUAUGUGAAUAAUUUCACAUGUACCAAUAAGGAUGUUGGGAACUGGUAUGUACGAGACUCAACAAAAUCCUUCCCCUCAGGUCAUGCUUCAUUAUCAGUGUUUGCAUCAGUUUUUACAAUGUGGUUCGUGCAGUGCCGUGUGCCAGGAGAUAUCACGUACCUGCUGGUGCCCUGGCUGCAGUGUCUGUGUCUCACAUGGGCUCUCCUGUGCUCCCUCACCCGUAUAACAGACCACAGGCACCACUGGUGGGAUGUGCUGGGUGGUUUUGUGUUGGGUUUUGGCCUAGCAGUAUUUACUGUAAAAACAUCAGACCAGUUUUCAUCAACCAAGAAGAUUACCACAACCUACACAAAAGCAAGCAAACUGGACAAUGUAGUACGAGAAAAUGGACAUAUUUCAAACAAUAGGCACCAGUCAGUGCGAAGACUUCUGUCAUCCACAUCAAGUUACUCUGCUGCUCUGACACCUGAAGAGAGGGAAUUAAGAGAAGCAGCUCUUAGCUGAAGAUAAUUGUGGACAUCUUUGCUAACAGUGUUCUUUAGGUAUUUUCUUGAAGUGUACAAAGAUGGCCAAAUGUCGCAAUACAGUGGGAAUUAUUUUUUGAAUGACGAGUGUAAGUGUGAACAUUGAUAUUGUAAGAGUUGAAAUUUCUGAAAAGAUUGGUGUGAUAGUGUUGAGUGAUAGUGGAUAUCAUUUCUUGAUGAACUGUAUGUAAUUUUACUUUCAGUGAAUCCAUAACUCUAACUACCAGCAGCACAAUUUCUAAGGAAAUGUGAGAGAAUGAUAGUGUUUCAGUAUAAGUAUAACAGGACUCCUAUUUGACAGUUAUGCAUGUGAAGAAGCUUAAGUGGAAUCUAAAAAGUGCCUCAGAUUAAGGUAUUAAUAUCUACAAGAUAAAGUGUACUGUCACGUAUACUAUGUAGAUACUGUGCCUU